AUGGUCCAUGUUUAUGUUACCCAACCAAAAUAUGCAGCCCAGAGGUCUGAGCUGAGCUCCACCCAAAAUUUUCCGAGUGCGACGGCGGAUGGCGGAGAGGAAAAAGGUGAAUCACAGAUGGCGGGAACCAACGGACUCAAUUCUCAAGAAAACGAAGAUUCCUUUCAAUGGGAUGAACAGGCACAGCUGUAUUACCAUGCCAGUAGUGGAUUCUAUCAUGACCCAGCUGUGGGCUGGUAUUAUAGCAGCAACGAUGGUCUGUAUUACAAAUUCGAAAACGGGAGUUAUGUGCCAUGGGAAACAGACCUAGCUGAUGAAUCAAAUGCAAAUCAAGGCAUAGGUACUGUUCGUGAUGAUUCUGUUCAUGAACAGUCUUACCAAAAUGCACCUUGCGAUACGAUUACAAAUGAUGUUAAGUUUGAAGAUGGUGAAUUUGAAGGUCAUGUAGUAGAGGAAGCAACCCCCAAUGAACCAACAGUUGAUACAAACUGUCUAACCGAAGCUCUGUCUGAAAAUCUACCACCACCUUCUGAAUGGCUAGAAGACACACUUAUUGAACUUUAUUUGUCUGGUUAUUCCAACAAAACAAUAGAUGAUGCUUCUGAUACAAAGGUUGAAGAUGUAAAUACUCCAGCUGAUGGUGUAGACAAUGAUGAUGCUUAUGAACUUGAAGAGGGAGAAUGGAUCCCAGAUGACACUCAUGAAAUAGUUGAUGGAAGUGGAGUUGCUUCAGAUGAAGAUCCUUUUGGGGAUGAGGAAAUGUGGCGUGCACAAUAUGGUCAGGCAAUCCAAUCAGACAAAGAGGUUGUAGUUUUACCAGAUUGCCCUGUUGUUGACUUGUGGGAUUGGUCAAUGGUAAUGUCAACAAAAAAGAAUGGAAAAGGUCGCGUAUGCAGAUUAGUAGGCAGAUUAAUCAAAAAGUCUACUAAACUCCACCCCUCAAUGCCUUCAAGUCGCCCCCUUCUGAAAACCGCUCCAAUAUGUGAAGCCCAUCUUGAUCUAGUAAGAGUUAGAUCAGGUCGUGUGUACAAGUUGAGGAGUCCAAAAGUUGCAUAUUUAGCUACUUUGUCAUCUUAUGAUUCCUCAAACCCAACCAAAGAUUGGGGCUUCCCGAAGCUUACAACAAACAAGGAAGCGCAAACCAAAUCUAGUCGACAUGUUGAAUCCAAGAAUGUGGGACCUCAUUUUGGAUCAGCAAAGGAACUGUCUUCAAGUGAAAAGCAUAAGGGAGGGGUGUAUAGAGAUAGAGCUGCAGAGAGAAGAAGUCUUCAUGGUGGGUUUGGUGUGGGUCCCGGACAAAAAAAAUCAGCAGAUGAUAUUGAUUCUUGUUCAGCAUUAUCUCCUGUUUUUGAAACUCCAGAAGAUGCAGCAGCUGAAGCUUUGAAUAUGUCAUUUGGAGUUGGUAGUUAUGCUAGAAGGAUGCUAGAAAAUAUGGGCUGGAAGGAGGGAGAGGCACUUGGGAGCAGCAUGAAGGGUGGUUUAAGGGAACCAUUACAAGCAGUUGGAAACAAAGGAAGCUCAGGUUUAGGAUGGAAUCACAACACUAGUUGGAAGAACGCCUCAUUUUAAUCUGAUUUUUUAGUAGGGCUUUUUUCGAUGUACAUGUAUAUAUAAUAUAUACACUUGUUAUAUGGGUCAAGAAUAUUGCUUAUUACCAAGUAUGCUCAUUUAGAUUG